AUGACUAGCACAUACGAUCAGUGGAUACAUCAUGGAGAAGCACUAGAUGGCAGAAUUAUUGAAAAUGCAGAUCAUCUUAAUGAACAUAUUCCUUUCAACGAGGAUGUUGGUAUGAAUGAGGAUGAAGAAGACCUUGAUGAUAGGAUUCCUGAUAUGGUAAAGGAGUUGUUCAUAGCUGAGGAACAAGGUGCUGAGAAUUCUAUGUUUGCAGCCAUAUUAGAAGAGAUGAAGGAGGAACUUUUCCCUGGUGCAGCUGUUACAAGAUUUUCUUUUGUUGUGAAGUUACUCCACAUCAAGUCAUUCUAUCGAAUCAGCAAUGCUGCGUUCACUGCAAUACUAAAGUUGUUAUCAUUAGCAUUCCCAGCUUGCUCUCUUCCCACAUCUUAUGAUGAAGCAAAGAAACUUAUUCGUGCAUUGGGACUCGUAUAUGAUACAAUCCAUGUGUGCCCGAAUAAUUGUGUUUUGUUCCGGAAGGGGUUGGCAAAACAUGAUAAUUGCCCAGUAUGUGGUGAAUCAAGAUGGAAAGAUGCGGAUGGAAGGAAACAGAUUCCUCAGAAGGUAUUGCGGCAUUUCCCAUUGGUUCCAAGGCUGAAGAGGAUAGUUGCUUCCAAAAAAACCGCUGAGGAGGCACAAUGGCACAAGUUGAAGAGAAAACCAGUGGAGAAUGAGCUUAGCCAUCCAGCUGAUGGUGAGGCAUGGAAAGAAUUUGAUAGAAAAUAUGAGUGGUUUGCAAAAGAUGCAAGGAACAUCAGACUUGGUCUUGCUACGGAUGGUUUUAAUCCAUUUGGCAAAAUGAACUCCUCAUAUAGCAUGUGGCCAGUUUUUGUUGUGCCUUACAACUUUCCCCCAUGGAUAUGUAUGGAUGAAUCCAACUUCAUGAUGUCCCUACUCAUCCCUGGUCCGGAAUGCCCAGGAAAGGACUUUGAUGUCUUUUUGGAGCCACUCGUCGAAGAGUUGCUCACCCUUUGGGCAGGUUUGGAAACUAAAGAUGCAUUUAGUGGAAAGGAGUUUAAACUACAUGCCGCAGUUAUAUGGUGCAUUCAUGAUUAUCCAGCUUUGAGCACAUUGUCUGGUAGAGUCACAAAAGGAUAUUAUGCUUGUGUGCGUUGUGACAAAAAUCCUUGCUCCAGAAGAAUUAGGAAUAAAAUCUGCUAUAUUGGACAUCGUCGUUUUCUUCCAAGGGACCAUCCAUGGAGGACAAAGAAAUAUUUUGAUGGUCAAACUGAAAAACGUGACAAGCCAGAGGAAUUUAGUAUAGAUGAGAUGAUGCAGCAAUUGGAGAGGGUGAAGGAUGUUAGGCCAGGAAAGCAUCCUGGAAGCAAAAAGAGAAAGCGGGAAGCAGAAGAUCAAUAUGGAUAUGCUUCUAAUUUAGCAACACAUGUUAGUGUUGAUGCAUGCAACCUCCAAGGACUCAAAACUCAUGAUUGCCAUAUCUUACUACAAAGGAUUUUGCCUGCUGCUCUACGAGGGCUCAUGCCUAAGGAAAUAUAUGAAGCAAUUGCUGAAUUAGGUAACUUCUUUCAGCAAUUAUGUGCUAAAACUCUGAAGGAUGACAUGAACGCUAUUAUGGCAGCUCCAGUUGAAGAUGAACAGCAACCCAAUACUGCAAUUGAAGCAGUUUCUCAAGUUCUACCAUCAAGUAAAUUCCUUCAAAAUGUAGGCCUUCAGCCAGCCUUGAAGAAAAGAUCUAGCCGAGCUGAAACUUUGCGUGUGCAAGAGCUUGAAGCGCAACUUGAGAAGGAGAAACAAGACAAAGAGGAACUUCGACAAAAGCUUGAUGGUCAGCAACAAGAGAUAGACAACCUAAAGAAACAGUCAGAAGAAGCAAGACAGAAGCAUCUAGAAGAUGUUGGAGAUCUCAAGAAGCAAUUAGAAGAAAACAAUGCUCUCCUUCGUGGUUUGAUCAGCUUCAAUCAGAGUCAGUGA